AUGAGUGAAAAUACCGAAUUAGAGGAUCGAUUUCUCGACUACUACCUAAGAAUUCAGCUAAUCUAUGAUGAUUCUUUCAAGCUGAUCAAUGUGGUUGAUAUUCCGGAGAUACCUAAACAACCUUAUAUAUCUACCAAGAAAAUACAUAUUCGUUUAGGAAGUCGUUCCGAGGUGUUCAAGAAGGAAUUUGUCACUAGUAUUUCCGAUCUUUCCAAGUUUACUGCAUUCCCAUUGGAUCCAAGUUUCCGCAACACCGUCACAAGGUUCUAUUCCUACUAUAAUGACAAGUCCCCCAGUAUAUCUCACUGGGAUAUCUCAUCAACUCUAAAUAAGUUCGAGGAGUUUGUUGGUUCUUCCAUUUCAACAAGAUGCCAGUCGUUCUACAUUCAGAACGUUCAACUCAUUGAUUUGAUGCUCAGUUGUCGAAGCACAGACCAUCAAAAGGAGGUUUUACUCAAAAGAAGGCAGUCUAUAUUGAGUAAAUCCUUCGAGCAGAUACCCAUGUUAACUGAUCCUGAGAUCGUUACAACCAUCUCUUGUACUUUCAAUAUUGAUGAAAUGGAACUUAGAAAGAGGAUUGUUCAACUAAAACUUGAUGUUUCCAAGCAGGAUGUUGUUUUAAUCCUUAAAUCUCGACAAUCGCUUAGUAACCAGUACUCCAAAGAUGAUUUUGAGACCAAGGAUCAAUGGCAGUUUUGGAUCGACAAGAUUAAUGAGCAAAACAACAAGUUAGUAAAGCUUUUCAGUACCCCUGAUACCCCUCAUCUCAAUCUUUUGCCUGUAGAUUUAGAUCUGGCCGUCCAUUGGUUGGUUCAGCUAGCUUUUAAAGGUAAUCCAAAGUUCUUUGAGACUGUGAUUAAGUGUCUGCAAGUUUGGCAGAUCGAUCCUUGUAAAAUAUUCUUUGAGUUCCUCUCUGUGGCUCCACCUAGGCCUAAGAGUGUGGUGAAAGCAGUAAGUUUGGCAUAUUUGGCGUCUCCUGCCCAAGUUACUUGGAUCAAUUGGCCCUUGCAAAUGAAACGGAAGGCCUUGGCUGAAGGUAUGGAUAUUUACAAAGCUUGUGAGGACGAAAUCGGUUCCAUUUUAUUGCAUUUCUUUGACGAUCGGUCCAGCUUCUCUACCGCUCUUUUACUGAUAAAACAGCUCCAUCUUUCAUCCUCAAAAAUGCCUCCAAGAUUACUUGUUUCCACCAACGUGAGAAAGUGCUUUGGUCAGAGGCUUCAGACACAUUUAGAGGCUCUCCAUUUGGAUCUUGAGAAUAAUUCUGGUACUAAAUUGGACAUCAAUUUGGUCAAUGCUCUUUUGACAAAGAUAGUUUCUGAUACGAACAUUCUUCAUAAUUGGAAGGUGAAGAACCAGGAUAUUGACAGGACUUUUGCCGUUUAUGAGACGGCUCAAAAGAUUAUAGUUUCUCCUGCUAUGACUUAUGUUAGGCAGUUUAUCGUGGAAACGAAGAAAAGAAGACCGGGGGUAGUAAGUUCAUGGGUAUCCAAAGAGAAUAGACCGAGCUUUUCCACGAUGUUGGAGAUGUUGGGAAGUUUAAAGUCACUGACCAGUAUCAAAUUUGAUUUCCAGGACAUCUUAUUUGAGGAUUUCCAACAGCUAGUGAGUUCGUGGGAAAAGGAGAUGUUGGAUAAAACGAAAUUGGCUGUUGAAAAUGAUGAUCAGUUGAUCCGGCUCAAUGGCUGCUCCUAUUCGAGUAGCGUGCAAAACAUUAUGGGUGUAUGCAAUGCAUACGUGAAGCUGUUAGAAUCUUUCCAAUGGGAAAACACUUUACACUUGGCAUAUCUUUACUGCUUGCUUUACAGAGGAAUAUGUUCUUCGUUACUUUACUAUUCAAGUUCGAUGAGUUCCAGACUCACCAAGGAUUUACAUAGAAGUACAGGAACGCUGAAUUUUCGAGGAGAAUCGUGUACUUGUCUCAACAAUUUGACCAAGAUUUUGCAAUACUUUAAGGAGUUUGAGAACGAGAGAUUGUUUGAAUGCUCGGCCGUUUUGGAGGCUUAUCACGAUGAAUCGCUUGAAAAUCCAAGGAAGUUGGUGUCCAUCAGGAUUCUGAAUGCAGAAAACGUCGAGGAUAGUAAAGGUGAACCAGUCUGCUUAUCGGUAAAGAUAGAUGGAUUGAUUUCGGGUCGUACUCGUUGUAUAUGGAAGGACUACAACCCUUCUUGGGAUGAAGAGUUUGAAAGUAUGAUCGGUAAAACGGAGAGUUUGCGUCGUGGAGGACAUUUUCGAAUUGAACUAUACGAUGAGAAUACAUCCAGCAUCUACAAAGCGAUCAGCUAUUCUUUUGACUUGAACAGUGUUAGCCGAUCAGUACUUCCUAUAGAUGAGAAGAUCAGUUUACAACCGAGAGCAGGAGCACUUAAUAUCUCUAUCUCCGUUGAAGCAGAGAAAAAUGAUCCAUUAUUCUACCUUUCGCGUGCACAAUCACAGAUUGGCAAGAGUAAAGACAGAGCGAUCAAGCUAUUUGUAGAUAAGUUCUCCAGAAUAGUUCGAGAGAUCUUCAGUCACGAACAUUUAGACGAAAGCUUGAAAUUGGCUCCUGUUAAAAAGGAUAGUCACGAUUACUGUGCACUUAAGGAUGGGAAGGUGGAUAGUUAUAUUAAUCAGAUGCAGCUACAUACCAUCCCAGAGUUAUAUGACAAUUUAGAGACUCAAGUAUUUGACCAGGUGACUCUUCGAUUAUGGUCCAAGAUCUUGGAGUCUGCAGAGAAUCUACUCUUACCACGAGUCUCUUUUAUUUUUCACAAUAUAGUGGCACGGUUGGACAAACGAUCAAGCAUUGUGAAUGGAGGGGGACCAAGCUUUGGGUUUGGCAGUAGUAGUCGGUUUCAUAAGACUACUAAGAAUGAGAUGACUAGAGUGGUUCAAUGGUGCUGGAAGUUUAGAAAGAUGCUAAAUAUACCGGAAAAAGUUCUACAAAAUCCAUUAGUUGGACCAUUUGAUGAGUUUAUUCAAAUUCCCCAGUUGUAUGAAAAGAAUGCCAAGGAAUUAGAGGAUGGCUACUACCAGAUAUGGUCGUUUCUGAGUAAGAAGCUACCAAAGAAGUAUUCAAGGGGUAAGUACGAUAAGAAGUCUGUAGAGAAGGCCAGUCAAGAUAAAGAGUUAAUGAUGAGGGUUUUGUUGGCAAGGGGAGAAACCAAGUUUGUUCGGAGGGUUAUGGAGAUUGAGGAGAGGUAUGAGAGAGCAGUCAAGACGGAGAUAGAGAUAGAUCUUGUUCGAGCGGCCUCACCUCAUGAAAUGGAUAUUUCUGCUAUGGUUGAGGCAGAUAAUAAGCAGCCAAAUUCUGGCAUCUCCAUAAUGUUGCAAGAACCCCUCAUUGAGAUGGGAAUAGACAAUGAUGUUGAGUCAUCCGAAAAGGACCAGAGCGUGGACAAUGACAUAGUCAAAGAUAAUGACAAAGCUGGCCCGCUGAAGCAUCAGUCGUCCUUAGAAUCUGUUUCCUUGUCAUCGCGAUCAGCUUCCUUAUCGUCAUCUGCAUCGGCUGCCGUUGCAUCGCCUUCUUCUCCGAUUGUUCCAAGGCUUCCAGAUGAUACUACACAAAGUAUCACCAGUGUAGCACCUCCUAAGAUGCCUAGUAUGACGUUUCCCGUGCCAAAUAUUGACACUUCUGCCCCCAGCGAAUCAAAUAUGUCCGCUGUAUCUGCUUUGUCUACGUCUGCUCUUUCCAAUUACUCGGCGAAAUCGACCUCCAACUCCUCUACAGCCUCAUCCAUGCCGGUUAAUACGGUAGCCUAUUCGCUUCCUGCUGAUCCUGCAACCACAAAGGCCGAGGCGUCUGGCUCUGAUAUUAGUAGAGCAAAUCUGGAGACUCUAAAUGAGUCUUUGGAUACUAUUGAUCAACUUCUGGGUAGCAAACACGCAGUUUCUCGCAUUCAUAAUCGCCAAACGUCGAUGGAAUCAUCGUCAUCGAUGAAUUCUGGGGAACAUCGGACCCCUAAUCGCUCUUCAUCGAAUUCUUCAGGCUCUGCACCUGCUAUUAACACUGUGGCCAAUACCUCGCCUCGUCCACAGUCUUAUUUUAUGUCCAGUAUACGUAGUUUUGCCAACAGUAUGACAGGUUCUACUUCCAGUCCAACCAGAACAGGUAGUAAUGCAAGUAUAGACUCUAAUCGCAUUGCAUCCCUACAAAAAUUGGGUGCCGAGAGCGUAAUUGAGGAAGAAGAGGAAAGUACCAAGCAUGCCGAGAACGUCGAGAACGUCAAGAACAACGAAAACGACGAGAACGAAGUGGCUAAGCAUCCCCCCUUUAGUUCUGGUUUUGAUGACUAUGACCCGGCUUUAUACACUGCAGAGAAAUAUUUGGAUACACAGUAUCGAUAUGCCUGCGAUAAGCGCAAUGCAGGGUUUCACCGGUUAUUCCCGAGUCUUCCAGAAGAAGACCGACUUCUCGAUGACUUUAGCUGUGCACUUAGCCGGGAAAUCUUACUUCAAGGAAGACUCUAUGUGUCUGACCACUACCUCUGUUUCAGCUCGAACUUACUUGGUUGGGUGACCAGUGUGGUCAUUUCAUUCGACGAAAUCUUGGGAUUUGACCGUCGUACCACAGCAGGACUCUUCCCUAAUGGGAUCAUAGUGGAAACUAUGGAUUCAAAGCAUUCAUUUGCCAGUUUAAUCUCUCGUGAUUCGACCAUGAACUUUCUCGCUACAGUAUGGUCCAAGUCAGUGGCUCUGAGUCGAAGGAAAAAUGAGAAAGCUCGUGAUAUGGACCUUGUAGAGUCCAGUUUAUCAGUUCAUUCGAAUGGAUCUAAAUCCAUGUUGUCUGAAAGCGACAUACUCACGAUAGAUGAAGAUGAUAGUAAUGAUGAUGACAGUGAAAGCUCCAAUGAAGGGGAAAAUAAAGCACUUACGGCUAGUAGUAAUAACACCUCAUUGACUACCAUUGAAUCUGAGAAAUAUCAUAUUAGAGGACCUCUCACGCACGCACCUACUGAGCAUGAAAUAGACUACAAGAAGAAUGGAGAGACGCAGGUCUUGGACUUUGAUUUCGAUGCUCCCUUGGGAUUUAUAUUCAAGGCUUUGUUUGGUCCCAAUAAUGCGUUGCAUAAGAAAGUAAUGGAGAUGAGUGAUGGAUUUGAAUUCAGUGAUUACGGUACUUUUGAUAAGGAAACAGACGGAGAGAAACCUGUCAGGAAAUUUGAGUAUCAAAAAGGACUCAAUUAUUCAAUUGGACCUAAAUCGACUACUGUAGAAGUAGCAGAGUAUUUGGAAUAUGAGGAUUUUGAGGAUUAUGUGGAAGUUCUUUCGAUAAGCAGAACACCUGGUGUUCCCAGUGGAGGAGCAUUUGAUGUUCGUACACGGUAUCUAUUUACAUGGGGUCCUCUGAAUCGAACAAACUUGAAGUGUAGUUUCUGGGUCAAUUGGACAGGAAGCUCUUGGAUUAAAGGUAUGAUUGAGCAUUCCACAGUAGCCGGGCAGGAAAAAUCUAUAAGUGAUUUGAAACACUUGUUAUUGGAUUCCAUUCCAGAGUCGAGAGAUGUUUACACGGAAGAGACGUUGGAAGAAGCCAAGAGGGAGAAGAGGACGGCGGCAGACAGCGCCAAGAUCUUAGAGAGAGAAGCAAAGAGAGCUCGGAAGAAGCUUGUUCCAACACCGGCAACCAUUACUACUGGAUUUAUGGUCAACACGAGUCCUUUGGUUGUUGGAGGCAUCUCGAUCAUUGUGCUUCUUCAGUUGAUUGUCUUGGUAUAUCUGUACAAUACGAGCGGUGCCCUGAGACAGAUUAUGGAGACACAGAACAUUAUUCUCAAACAGUUGUAUAAACAAAGUAUUGAAUAA